AUGCGAAAUUGUACGUUUUUAAAAGCUCCCACGACACAGGAGAAAAUUCUAGUAUGGAGCAACCUUAAAAAAUAUCACACUUUUAUUAAAUCUUCAAAAUUUUUGUACUUAGUAUUUGUACAAUGCGAAGAAAGUGCUUCUAAGAUUGCUAUUACGACUAAAAGUAUUGUGACCCCAUACAAGACGUCAACAAAGUUGCCAACAAAGUCGCCUAAGAUGUCAACGAUUGGGAAGAUCCUACGCGAAGGUCACAGCAUGACGUGGCCGAAGACAAAAAAAUAUACUGGACGAACGGCGCCAUUCCGAGACACACUCCCUGAUCAAUGUGAUUUCAUAAUAAAAUAUUGUCACAAGACAUAUGCAACUUCGGCUAUAUGUGCGAGAAGUUUACAAUAUGAAUAUCAAACAUUCAAAAACUACUGCAUGUUAGAUUUUGUCAACUGCAGGGAAGGACAUGAAAUUUGGCAAAUAUUACAUAUGGGUAAAUGUUACACAAUAGAAAAUCUAUCACCAGCGCAAUUCAUAUAUUCAGGGGACUCAUUCCUUUCAAAUGAUUAUGUGGUAGACAGACAUACAUUCAAACUGCAUGAGAUGCCACGUUACAUUCAAAUAAGGGACCAGUGA